CCCUGAUUGGCUGAUAGAUGUAUAAAAGAAAAAAGUUCAGAGGAGUUCAGAAAGUUCUUCAGAAAUUCGUUCCUCCAGGAACCACUGCUGCUGGUUCCACAGGUUCUACAGGGUCUGCUGCUGCUGGUUCCACAGGAGGCGUCACUCUGUCACAUUUUUCUUGUCAUGGCCGACUGGACCGACUGUCUGAACUUCGGGAUCUCCAUCACGAAACAGGCCAGUGAGGUGGUUCUGUCGGCAUUUCAGCAGCACAAAGAGGUGAAGCUGAAAAGUUCUCCAGCGGAUCUGGUGACAGAAACGGACCAGAGAGUUGAGAGGAUCCUGAUCUCUGCCAUCAGGAACCAGUAUCCUCAGCACAGGUUCAUUGGGGAGGAGUCAGUGGCUGCAGGUGAGCAUCUGGAGCUGACCGACAGUCCCACCUGGAUCAUCGACCCCAUUGAUGGGACUGUGAACUUUGUCCAUAGGUUUCCAUUCGUGGCCAUUUCCAUCGCCUUCACCGUCAACAAGCAGACACAGUUUGGGAUCGUGUACAGCUGUGUGGAGGACAAACUGUUCUACGCUCAGAGAGGAAGAGGAGCGUUCCUCAACGGAGAACCGCUGUUUGCCUCUGGACAGCAAGACAUCAGCAGGUGUGUGGUGGUGACAGAGAUCGGGUCGGAGCGGGAUGAUGUCGCUCUGUCCACCAUGACCUCCAACAUCUGCAGACUACUGAAGCUCCCUGUGCAUGGCGUGCGUGCAUUGGGGACGGCGGCAGUCGACAUGUGUCAGGUGGCGACAGGCGGAGCCGACGCCUACUACCACAUCGGGAUGCACUGCUGGGACAUCGCUGCCUCUGCCAUUAUUGUGCAGGAAGCUGGAGGCGUCGUUAUGGAUACAGAUGGCUCGGAGUUCGACAUGAUGUCGAGGAGAGUCAUCGCGGCCAGCUCUGCCUCUGUGGCCGAUUGCAUCGCUCAGGUGAUCCAGGCGUUCCCUUGUCGCCGUGACGAUGAAGACCCCUGCAGGUGUGCAGCGACAGGUGUGAACAGACUCUAGGUCACCUGAGAGGAAGUGUGGCGCAACUAAUAAAACCUGUAAACCAA